AUGGUUCUCUGCAACCGCUGCGCAGCCGAAAGCUUUCCCGUCCACGUCUUCGGACCACUGCCACCACCGCCUCCUCCCCGCGUCUCCUCCCUCCACUUCGCCGCCCACCUACAACCCGUACGACCACCAAUAGCAGCAGUAGCACAGCCACCACCGAAACCCCGGUUCCAGGAAGUUCAAGCAACUCUCGUGUCCCAAUUGAAGACCAUCCUACAGGCGGGGCCGGAGCAACAACUCCAAGAAAAGCAACAGUACACCAAACGGCGCAAAACACUGCCACCACUACCCACAUCACCGCGCUCACUGGCCCCCAAAUCACCACGCUCACUGGCUCCCAAAUCACCACGCUCACUGGCUCCCAAAUCACCACGCUCCGUAGCCCCCAAAUCACCGCGUCCCGUGGCCCCAAAAACUAGACGACUCAUCAUGUCGAUACCACCCCAACUCCAACAACAACUACGCCUCCUCAUCCGCGCAAAUCACAUCUUGCACAACCACAACCUCGUCGACGCAUUCGGCCACAUAUCCGUCCGGCACCCCCUGAACAAGGACCAAUAUAUCAUCGCAGCCUACGACCCCGGAGCCCCAGCCCUAGUAAAAAAUGUCGGUGAUUUUAUCUCCUACUGGGUUUCCGACUCCAGUCCUGUAGACAAGGACGCCCCGCAAGGCUACUCUGAACGCUUCAUCCAUGGCGAGCUACUGCGCAAAUUUCCAAAAGCAAAUUGCGUCGUACAUUCGCAUUCGGAGGAUGUGAUUCCUUUCACACUGGGCCACGGCACUGAAGAAGCGUUUCCCGUCCGGCCCGUCUUUCACAUGGCCGGCUUCAUGGGUGUUGGGGGCGCAAAAGUGUUUACCAUGGACAAGUUAUAUCGGGACGCAGCACGAGAUGCAGGAACGCCGUGUGCACAUGACCUCCUCAUCAAGGAUGCACACUUAGGGGCGGCGUUGGCCUCGCAUUUUACGUCAGAGAAUCCCGUGGUGCUGCAGCAUAAGCAUGGGUUUACAACGUUUGGGGCGAGCAUCGAGGAGGCGGUGUACCGGGCGCUGUACACGCAGAAGAAUUGCAUACUGCUUCAACGCGCUAUAUCGAUUGCCGGCGGUAAUGCAGACGAAGUAUCGUACCUGACACCACAAGAGAUCAAAGAUUGCGCCAUUAUGAAUAAAAAGACAUUGGACAAGUCGUUUCGGCUGUGGUUACGAGAGGUCCAAGUGAACCCUUUGUACGAAAACGAAGAGGGGGAACCGGAAAAGGGGACGGUAGAGGGUAUGAAGAUGUAA